UCUUCUCAAACCACUCAAAAAAAAAACCACUGAUGAACCACCUACUAGAAAUGCUGUAUAAAAAUACUUUUUCGUGUACUCUUUCGUUAUUCAUCCACCUGUCCUUCUCUCCUCAAAACCAAAAACGACUAUAAAAAUCAACCAAAAUUUAUCAAUUGAUAUUGCCACAAUCAAAAACCCCACCAAAUACUAAAUGAAAUGAUCAAAAUGUGUAAAAAGGGCAACUUGUUGUACAGCACCACUUGAAUCCUUUUACCAGGAUGUUUUGCUACGGAAUUAUUAUGUCGAGCUUUGCGCUCCACCAAAUCCUACACCACCAACAUCACACACCAAUCAAAUCGCUAAUCUAAAUGUUUGCUCGUAUCACUGCCCCACAUACGCCACGAUGCCAACCACACACCACCAGCACCACCACCACCAACAACAGGGCGGAAAUGUCAGAACCAAACACGUGAGCUUUGCCAGGUCGCACACACUCACCAGUUUCGACAAUGUGAAUGCCGGAUUCCGAUCCUCGGGGCGUUUGAAAACCGCCCGAAGCCAAGAGCGAUUAAUUGGGGGCAAGAAGCCCAUUAUUGCCACAGGUUCCAUGUACGAAACCCUGCAGCCCCCGCUGCAGGCGCAACAGCUGCAGCAACCGCAUCAGAUGCAGCCACAACAGAGCUCCACCCUGCCAAAAACUUGGCUGCCACCACCAGUGCAACUGCAGCCAUGCCAGCACCACCAUGCCCCGAUUCACCUGCACCAGCCCAUUCCAGACAACAUGGUUGGACUGAUCAUACCACAACCCCUGCCCUUGGCUCUACCACUGCCCAGUCCCGAGGUGCUCAUCGUGGAGAAGAAGUUCCGCAAUGCCAUGAAGACGCAGGCCACUCAAACGGAUGCCGCUGCCCGGCGCCAGGGUCAAAUUGGCUACAAUACCCAGGUCCUGGCCCUGAGUCCCCGGCCACCACAUCGCAUUAAGGUGGUUUCCCAGGGGGCUCAAACGAACGGCCUGCAGAAUGGCAAAAAACUAACGAAAAGCCUCUCCGAAAUACCCAAUGGCAAGGACGGCACCUCCUCGCAUCACUAUCAACAGGGUUCCAUAUACCCACAUGAGAUGAUCUACCGCACUCAGUCGCAGGAUGUGACCCCUUUGCAGACCCUCUCGGAUGCCCAGAACAACAUCAUGUACUACAAGCCGCCACCACCGUUGCUGGAUGCCCACAGCUAUGGCCUGGGAAUGGAGCACCUGAGCCGGACACGUCCCUCGCCAUCCGAACAAAGUGUGGAGUACGUGAAUGUCAAUGCUGCUGCGGUGGCACUGAAUGAAAGUUUCGACUACGAGAGCAAUAGUUUGCCUAGACGAGCGUGUACCUCGCAUACGGAUUUCUAUUCGAAUAGUUUGCCUCGAAGGCACAUCAACGAGAGCUCGGAUCUGAUGAUCGAUAGUGUUCCGUUGGACUUUAGCCAAUCGCAUUUAUUGCCACCACCAAGUGAGUACUGCAAGAACGACGACGAGGAUGUGGAGGAGUACUACGACGAGGAGGAGGAUCAUCCCCAUGAAACGGAGAGCUAUAGCUCAGAGGUCUGCAUGGAGCAGGCGGCCCAACAUCGCCGCAUGUCCAUGCUGCCCCAGAUGAUAGACUCCCCAUUUCGUCGCGACGAUCUGAGGCGCCAAUCCAUGCCGGUCUAUGGUCAAACGGAAAAGCUCAUCGAUGGUUUUGGUCCCAGGAGCUCUUUUCGCAGGCGCGACAAGGUCAGCUGUUUUCCGGAUGAGCCGCCGGCCGUUCAAGAAGUACGCGAUGAACAGGAGAUAUUUAUAGAUUUUAAGCCGCACAUCUCGCCAAAACCGAGUCCCAAGCUGCAGCUGAAGCACCGCAAGCAGCACAAGGCGGAAAUCGCCAUGAGAAAGAUGCAACAGCAACGGAUGGCACAGGCGGCAGCAUUGACACUGCCCAAGCCCAAGUCACAGCCCGUCGAGGUUGAGGUGAGAAAAGUUGAACAUGAGCCCAGCGAUGAGGAGGAGGACGAGGACGAAGUGUCCGAGCCCGACGAGGAGGAGGACGGCGAGGAGAUCGACGAGGAUGAGCACAAGCUGGAGACGGAUCUGCAGGAGGACGAUGAGCCGCUGUACGAGAACAUAACCCCCUGUGGCUGCCGCGUGAUCCCUCAGCCAGAUGCGGAGGAGAUCCAGGACAAGCGCUCGCAGUUCCGCAAGCGCUCCGUCAGCUUGGAUGAUGACUACGAGGCCAAGGCAUCUGAAACUCCAACACCAACUGGCCCAAGGCUGCCAUCUACGCCGGCCAGUCCUUGCCGCGAUGAGCUGCUGGCCAAUGUGUCAACUUAUCCUUCCUCAGACUCGCUGGCCAACGACAAUACACGCGAUCAUUCGGAUGGCAUUUGGAAUGAGUCGCAGGUGACCGUCUUGACCGUUGAACAGAGGGACAUAUCCGAUGGCUCCUACAGCUCCAACUUGCUGUUGACGCCCUCUUCGAAGCGAAAGAAUCUGCUGCUGCAGCAUCAGCAACGAAGCUCAGUGGACACCGAUGCCCUGGAUUUUGAGGAACAAAGUCCCACCUAUGGCCUACAAACACUGCCGAAGAUCAUCAAGACGCCCACACCAACCACAUCGAGGCCCACUUCCACCCAACCCAUGAUGCCGCCACCAGCCAUCGCUGUAACACCAUCUGCAAAUCCCAUGCUGGACAGCUGCAUAAGUUCCCCGCUGCCCAAGAGGAGCAUGGUGGCCAGGGGAUCGGUUCCGGAUGCCCGACAGCUGAUGUUCACUGGUGGAGCCGCCAAGCAAAGACACUCGGAUGCCUCGUUCCUGCCCAUGGGCGCCAGCGAUUACGCGAGGAGUGCAGAUAUAUCGGAGUGCAGCACGAAUACAGAUGAGUAUGCCACCUGCACGGACACCUCGAAACGCACACCAGGUAUUAAGACACCGCCGACCACCACCAGUUCAUCGUCGACCACACAAGUGCCAGUUUCCACUCAGAGCUCGCAGUUGGAGAAAACGCACGCCGGCAGUUCCUUCGAAAGCGCCAGUUCCCUGUACUCCAUGAGGGAGGAUCUCCUCCAGCACGACGAGAAGGAGCGGGAUAAGCAGUCCACUCUCACCAAGGCUCAACUGAAAUCACCCAUAGGUUCGGUGGCUGAGCUGACCAGGAAAUCGCCAUCGCACUCCAUCAGUAGUACCACCUCUUCGGGCAGCUGUCCAGUCUCGGGAGCAGCCAUCAAAUCCCCAGCCAAGGAGAGUCUGCCCCAAACGGUGGCCAGUUCGGGAACGUCGCAGAUGAAAGUCAGCUCCGCAGAAUGCAUACCGACUGGUGUUAAGCCCAAGCCAGAUUCCAUAUCGGAGGAUGAGCGCAGCGAGGUGCGGUACUCCUCGUCCGGCUAUUACGAGAGUCCCCACGAGGAGGAUGACGAGGAGCAGGGCACCAGGAGCAAGGCUCGCCGACUGCGACAGGAAGACGAGCGGAAGAGGCGCAAGACGAGCAUGAAGCUGGACAUUGAGAAGGAGAACAUGCGCGCCCUAACCAGUCCCAUUAAGAAGCCCACGGGUUCCAGCAAGAUCACAUCGCCGGAGCAAUCGAUUUCUGCCACCUUGGACAACGGCAGCAGUCCCAGCAAAAUGAAACGCUUCCGUCCCAAGAUACGCAGGCAGCUGCGAAAAAGUUCGCGCGAAGAUGUCCUGGCGGCGGCAGCGGUGCGCAGGAGUCGUGCCACGCCCACCAUUUUCGGCCUGAGCAGCGGAAGUGGAGACACUGAGUUGCUGCUAGACGCCAGCAUGUCAACUGGCGCGCUGGCAGGCACAACCACCACUGCCGUGACAUCCGUAUCCGCGCCUUCAUCCGCAUCCAAGCUGCCAACAUCGGAGUCCUCAGUGGCCACACAACCGGAGGCAGUGGUCGCCUCAUUGCCGGCGAAGAAACCACACAGUUGCGCCACGCCCACAUCCCUGCUGUCGCCCAAGAUGCCCACAACCAGUGGCACGCAAUCGAAGUCCACGUCGGACACGUUUCAGCUGAAGGCCAAGUCCAUUGAGUCCUUGCGAUCGGUGUCGCCUGGCUCCGAUUCCGUGUUCUACAGCGAAGCCGAUGGCAAUGCGGCCAGUGGCGAGCAGAGUCACUGCCACCAUUGCGGCAAGGAGAUGGAGGGCAAGCAGCAGAGCAACACCAUCAGCGAACUGGCUGGUGACUCCGUCGAGUCCAUACCCUACAUCGAACAGGACAUCGUCAAGCCGCCUUCGGAUUUCGCCGACUCCCCGGUGACCACCAAGACCACCCAGCGGUUGUACAAGAAGAUGGACAAGCGAUUCCGGUCCGAGGAGCGGUACCACGGCGAAAGGGGCAGGCACUACAAGACCAGGCAGGAGAACAUUAGGGCAAAGAGCGAGGAGCGUGGACGCAUUCCCAGUCUUCCCAAUACCCCCGUGCUUCGUCCUGCCGGCUCCAGUCCUUGUGUCCUGCCCGACACGGAGCAGAGUCAGCACGUCAUCUAUAAGGGACACUACGACGCAGGUCGCUAUACACGACUGACCGAUGAUGACUUGUGGACUCAACUGGACCAUCAGUGUUUUGAUCGCUCCAGGGAACGUAGAGCUUCAACGGAGUCGGAGAAGGGCUUCCAUGCCAAGUACCAAGUGAUCCUGCAUCGCCUCGUCCAGCGACGCUGCACCCUGGAGAUGUACCACCGCCAGAAGCACAACAGCUUUCAAUUAAUAGCGUCCAAUUCCACGCCGGAUUCGAUUAGACGAAAGUUGGAGGAGGUGUUGAAACUGAUGCUCCUGGUCUGGGCACGCGAAAGUUUUGUGAUAUCCAAACUGAGCAGCGGUGCACAUGGCGUGGACAAAACCGUGGUGGUCAAGAGCGAUUCCGGUGAAUUUGGCUUCCGUAUUCACGGCUCCAAGCCCGUGGUAGUGGCCGCCAUCGAACCGGAGACUCCGGCGGAGAGCUCUGGCUUGGAAGUGGGCGACAUCAUCAUCUCGGUGAACGGAGUCCAAGUGCUGGACAAGCACCACACCGAGGUGGUGAAGAUCGCACACGAUGGCUGCGAGAAGCUGGAGCUGCAGGUGGCCAGGACCAUUGGGGUGCUAAUGCACGAGCAACUGGAGCCGCCAAGUCAGCCCAUAUUCAGUGGAUACCUGUGGCGCCAGAGUGGCCAGGCCAAGGGUGCUCCGAACUCCAAGAAGUGGGUGCGCCGUUGGUUCUCCCUGAGACCCGAUAAUUGUCUGUACUACUACAAAACUGAAGAUGACUCUCAACCCGUUGGCGCCAUGAUCAUGGCCAAGCACACUGUGGACCUCUGCCCUGUGGAUGUGGGCAAACCCUUCGCCUUCAAAGUGGACGCCGGCGAGGGCAUUCCCAUGUACGUGGCGGCCGACUCCGAUGAGCUGGCAAACAGGUGGCUCCAGUUGCUGCGACAAGCGGCCUCGCAGGACAACCAGUGGCUGGACAAGAGUGCGCGUUGUUUGUACCAGACGCCCAGCAACAUUCAGCGGCCCGACUGCUUUGGCUACCUACUCAAAUUGGGCUCAAGGUGGUGCGGAUGGUCGAAACGCUAUUGCGUUCUAAAGGAUGCCUGCCUCUAUUUUUACCAAGAUGCAAAUAGCAAGAGUGCAUUCGGCAUGGCCUGCUUGCACGGCUACAAAGUGGCCUCGAUGUCCGCGAAUGCAUCCGGCAAGAAGAACUCGUUCGAGAUUGUGCCACCAGAAACGAAAUUGCGUCACUAUUUUUUCUGCACCGAAAGCGAAAUGGAUAAGAAGCGCUGGAUAUCCGCACUGGAAUACUCCAUUGACCGCUGGAUAAAGUCCGGGUAACUAAGGUUAAAGACACGCUCCAGAUCGGCUUUGAGCAGCCGACUCAAGCGUCGCAGUUUUAGCUACUUCAUGGAUUAGAUGGGGAUGGAUGACUUGACUUGAUUUGUUCGACACUAGUACGGGUACUACCAAAAACAACACUUAGAACUUAAGCCAAGCAAACCAAUUAGUUUUUAGGCAUAGGCGAUUGCAUAGUCCAAGGAAUUUAGUCGGUCAUUCAAAUCGGGUUUAAAACUAUUUUGAACAAUGCGUACAUACACAAAUAUAUACAUAUACGAGUAUAGAGGAAUACGAUAGGACAUUUUUGGUGUGUGUAUUCUUGUUAUAUAGCUUACAACAAAUCGCAUAUAUAUAUAUAUACAAAACUUAUGUUUAGUGAGGUUGUCUUGUCACUUAUAUACAUAGCAUAUAUACAUAUUUAGCCACAAAACAAAUGAGAGAAAUGAUCGUACAGCAGACCAAAUUGAUUGUCUAAUGUAUAUAGAAUUCGGCUAGGCUAAAUCCAAAUUCAAAUUGAAAUUGAAAUGAUUAGGUAUUCAAUGGCUCAAAUCCAGGCAAAGGCAAGGCAAACGUUUUUUAGAUAAAUGUCUAUUUACAGAAAGGGUAAUAAAGUACGAAAAAUAGCUCAAGCGAGACCAAAAUUCAGAUUUAUCAGAGUGUAACAGUUCGAAAAGUCAUUAUCAAAGUGCGAGGAGAUUUUCCCAUUUUCCAUAGCUGCUUCCAUCAAAAUAAGCACAACAUUUUGUGAAUAAUAGAUAACAACGGUUUUCGUCCUUAUUGGAAACGAUUAUUAGUUAGACGCGAUUACGAUAUAGGCCAGGAUUAGUUAGCUUUUUGAUAUGUUGGAUUUUUUUAGGAAACAUAUUCACAAGCACUCACACACACACACACAGACGCACACAGACACAUCAACGUUCAUAGUAGGUCAAACAAUAAUACAUAUAAUAGCGAUUAAUUCGAAAUCCAGUAGUUACUUUGUCAUAUAAAGAUAUGAUCUUUAAAAUGCUGAUUUCCUGUUUUUUUGGGUCAGUGUUCAAAUACCGAGAUUGAGUGAGGAUGCAACAAUUUUGAAGCUUCUUUUCGUUUUUAUUAAUACGGUAGCGAAUAUAUAUAUAUAUAAAUAUAUAUUUUAUAUAUUUUAAAUAGAGAUUUCCAAUUCGGCGAGGCGUAAAAAAAACUAGAUAAUAAAUGUAUGCAUUAUGAUGAUUAUAUGAUAUACAUAAGAGUCAGCCAUUUUAUGUUUGUUACUCAUCGAGUGGAAAACGAGACAGCAAAAAAAAAAACAAAAGAAAGGAAAAAGAAAACUAA